CUUUUUCCAAUUUUUUUCCCGGUCAUAAUAUUAUUGGAAAUAACACAACACACAAGAAAUUUUUUUUAUUUCGUUGCCAAUUUUACGUGUUGUCGCUAUGAAAAUAGCUUGUGAAGUCCGUGUGGUAAAUAGGGCGCUGCCCGAAUUGGCGAUAAAAUCGAGAUCGAAACAUGUAAAAUCAACCCUUGCUAUUUGCAAAGUACCGAAAGGAACCAAAUUUUGUAUUAUUCUCUUUACAUCUCAAGAUAAAAACGGAACGAAAUAUGAUGUUAACGGCAAUAUACAAGCGGUGCUCACUAAAUUUGUAUCGGAAGGAAAAGUAACGAUACAAUUUAAAAGUCCAGGUCAUGAUCUUCAAAUACAAGCGAAUAGUGUCCAAUUAAAAAGCUUUUUGCAUACUUUAAGAUGUGCAAUUGAAAAUAAACAUAUUGAUAAAAUGUCGUUUGAAACUGUUAGUGUUGUUCCAAUUGGGAAGAAGAAUAUUCCGAUGAAGCAGAUGGUUAUUACAAGUCGAGGGCAGUACCCCAUUCGAGGUUUUCCACGUACUUUGGAGUGUUUGGAAAUAAGAAACAUUAAUAGGUGUGGGUUUGAUUUAGGUAUUUUGAAGUUAAAUAUGUUGAAAGUUUUAGAUUUAAGUUAUAAUAAUAUAGAAUACAUUCCUCCAGAAUUUAACACUUUACCUAAUGUAGUUCAAAUAAAUUUAUCUAAUAACAAUUUUGGAAAUCGUGGUCCUAAAGAUUGGAAUUGGCUUGGUGGUUGUUUAUCGAAUACUCUGCAAUCACUAAUUUUAAGUAAUAAUAAUUUAAAUUUUUUAUCAGAUAAUAUUAUUAAAUUGUAUAAAUUACAAAGUUUAGAUGUAAGUAAAAAUAAUUUAAAAUUUCUCCCAUCUGGUAUCGGGAAUUUAAACCUAAAAUGUUUUAUGGCUUCAAAAAAUAAAUUAAGUGUUUUACCUGGUUGUGUGAGGCGCUGGCGUUUAAAUUUUAUUGAUUUAAGUGAUAAUGAUUUUCAAUCAGAUAAUCGUAUAAUUAAUAUACCUAAACCCUUGUCACCUGUUUGUAGUUUAAAAGAGUAUGCUGCAAAAAGAGUUUUAUCUUUAAGAUUAUAUUAUACCCCAGAAACUUUGGUCAGUACACUAAUUCGUUAUUUAUCAUCAGCUAAAUAUUGUCCUUGUGGAAAACCUUGUUUAGAAAACUAUAUGCGCAGUAAUGGUAUUAUUCAUUUACAUAAAAUCGCUAGUAGUCAUAUUAUAUCAUCAGGCGAACGUAAUGUUAUCCCUAUAGAUUGUUAUUAUUGCUCUGUAAAAUGUGCUACUAUAAGAAUAGCUAUUACUAGAUAGGAUGCGGUUGAUUUUAGUUAAAUAAUUAUGUUAAUUUCUGAUUAAACAGUUAUGUUAAUAUGUAAUAUAGAAGAUUGAUUAUAAAAUGUAUUAUUUUGUAAGAUAGACCAUCAUUCAAGUAAUUUUAAUGUAAGUAGGGUAAACCAUACAUUUAUUGGACAGUUAAGGGAUUUUUUAAAUGAUUCAUUCUUAAAAAAUAGUGAUGAUUUUGCAUGAAUAGUUACUUAUCUGAUUUCUUAGAUAAUACUGAAAGCACCAAUAACAUUUUUAAUUAUUUAUUGCAAAAAAGUACAGUCAUUGGACACUUAUAAUAGUCAUUGGACGGUAAUGUUACAGUUAUUGGACAUAUGUUAAUUGUAAUACAUUACUGUUGAAACUUGAUUAUACACACAACGCGCUUAUUUAGGAUAUAUUUUCUUUUUUCAUCUUCAUCCAAUCCUCCAAGUUGUAUUUUGUCGCCUUCCUGUUGUUUCACAUCGGGUCGGUUAAUUGAUUUGACUAAACUCGCUGCGGUGUCCUCAUCGCUAAACGAAAGUUGAUCAUUUACAUUUGAGUAACAUUUGCAAUUAUAUGCUCCUUUGAACCUUGAUAGUGAUCAGAAUUUGAUUCAAUUGGAAUAUUAUCAUUUGCUUGUUCAAGGAUCAUAUUUUCUUUAUUCCAGUCGCCAUCAACACUAUACCUAUGUCAUAUCCUGACCAUGCAUAACAUUUGCAUCCUUAUGAAAAAAUCGCCAAAAUUUGUACAAAUGAAAAACUGUGCCUGAACAUUUUGUAUAAUCCAGUGCAUUGGAGUCAAAGGCAUAUAAACCCCAUGCUUUAAAUCCAUUUAUGAAUGUUUGCGGAUGUAUAACCCCAAUUGCAGCUUCCAAAAUUGGUGCAAAUGUAAUUGUAUGUCAUACCACUUUUGGACUUCUUUCCUCCAUGCAACUUUAAGAGGCCUAAAUACUGCCACAUCUGCUGGUUGGGUUAUUCUAGUUGCAUUUGAAUACAGAGCUACAAGUUCUAUUUGCAGUUUGUUACAGGUCCUAAUAGUAAUAUCAGGAUGACGUUUUAAAAAUACUUUGAAUCAACCGAUUCCUGGUUUGUUAUUUGCAAAGGAAUUUCUCCUUGGGUUUUCUUCCAGAAAGUUCUGAACGCUCAUUAAUACAUAUAUUCUCUUUAUUCCUAGGAAACCUCUAUUAGUCAUCCCCUAUAUUCAAUAUACUAAACUAGUUUCCUCGUUUACAGUUAAAACGGUGCAAGGCCCAAAACUCUCUUUAUGCCCUGGAUGUUUGAUUUUAAAAUCAAGUAUUGAUUUGGGCACAUUAUAUUUGUUGGCAAUAUCUCUUAAAGAAGAUUUACCUUUCUGCAUUUCUUGAAUCGCCAUCAACUUGUGUCUGGGAUCAUAUGAUCACCUUUUUACAAUUUUUGGUAACCUUUAAGGAAUAAUAAGGCACAUAAACAAAAGUAGAAAUGUUAAAUGUAGGUAUUGGACAUUGGAACACUUUACCCUUUUAGAUUAGAAACGCAAAACUAAUUACGUUGCACCAUUCUAUAAAUCAUAAACUACAUUUUAAAGUUGAAUAAUAAUCAUAACUUUAUAACUUAAUGUUUCACAAUCAACCUCACAAAAAAACUCAAACUUUAUCAAAACCUUUAGCAAAAUGACUUGCAUUAGCACCGACGAUGUUCAGCUUAACUUAACACGUCAAUUUUACGUCACCAACAAUCGACCAUGAUACAUAAAUCUAGGCAAAGUUCUUGUUUUUAAAAAAUAAAUCUGGGCUGUCCAAUAACUGUAUGAUUUACCCUACAUAUUAUCCUCAUAUUUCUAGUUAAACGACAAAUUUUUAUUUAUUUUCUAAUAUUAAAAAAAAAAAGUUAAAAUAUUUAAUAUUGUAACUUUUGCUAUGUAAAUAACACGUGACUUUUUCAUAAUUAGAAGUGAAAAACCAUUUGUGUCUUAACUCUUUUUGAAAUGUUCAAAAUAUAUUAAUGUUAAAAAAAUUAAAACACCUUUUGAAACAUA